AUGCUAAAACAAAUCCUACCCCUCUCGAUCCUCUACUUCACCCUCGUCUUCCUCGCCGGCCUGGUCCUCGACUCAGUCCGGCUUCCAUACCUCCAGCCCCUCCUCGGCGCGCGCUACGCCGAGCUCCUGGAAACGCCUCUCAUGAUCUUCAUAAUCUGGCAUGCCGCUCAAAUCACCGUCUGGAACCUCGACCUCGAUCUCGGCAGCAUGCCGAAACAAUCCGCGCGUUGGUGGUCUACAAUGCCGCUCACGAUCGGCCUAAUGUCGCUAACGUGGCUGGUCACAGUCGAGGUGGGCAUCAUGACGAUAUUGUACGAUAACUGGUUGUGGGAUGCACUGAAGUUGUAUUUCUUGCAGAGGGACCUUGUGGCGGGAUCGGUGUCGGGAUUCGUCCUGCUGGCGUAUGCCUUGAUGCCGUGGAUCGUGUGGCUUGUCGGCGGGCAGAAUGGGGAGGACGAAGCGAAGCUCAUCUUGGACUUUGACUCCGUGAGGACCGAGGAUGAGGAUUACUGUACCCGUUGA